AUGUCAGACCCAUCACCACCCUUCCAACUCUUCACCUCCCUCCGCUACGACCCCCUCCUCCUCACCAGCCCCCAAAACCUCACACACUACUCCCCCCCAACCACAACCCCAUCCCCCUUCUACAUGCUCCCCCUCCACCGCGACCGUCUCCUCCUAGCAGCAACACAUUUCUCCUGGCCCCUCGCCAUAACCCUCCUCACCGGUCCCAGCGGCCUCACCACCCUUACCAACUUCCUAACCACCUCCCUCCCCACCACCUCCCCCACCCCCCUCAAACUCAAAAUCCUGCUCUCGGAAUCCGGCAUCCUAACCCUCGAAACCACCCCCGUCCCCAGCGUAUCUCUAGAAACCCUCUUCCCAACCCGUCUCCCGCCUCCAGAACCCAUCCGCCUCAAAGAUAUCCCGCAAGUCUCCCCCCUCACAGGCGGCGUCCUCACCUCAAGCACCCUCCACGGCGACCCUCCCACCACAAACCCAUUCAUCUGCACUCCCGACCCCCAACGCACGACGCCCUCCUCCUAUAGUUCCUACAAAACCACAUCCCGCGCCAUCUACGACGACGCACGCACCCGCAUCAACCUCCUUGACUACACUUCCCGGCGGGAAGUCCUCCUCGUUUCGACGACCGGGGAGAUCAUGGAAGGGAGUCUGACGAGUCCCUUUUUCUGGCGGGAUGGUGCUUGGGUUACGCCGAGCACGGAGAGUGGAGGACAGAUUGGGACGACGCGACGGUGGGCGUUGGAACGGGGGUUGUGUGAGGAAGGGGUGGUGAGGGUGGAGAGUUUGGUGGAGGGAGAGGAGUGUUGGUUGGGGAAUGGAGUUAGGGGGUUUCAGUGGGGGAAGAUUAAGCUGGAGGUGUGA